GAGAGAGAGAGAGAGAGAGAGAGAGAGAGAGAGAGAGAGAGAGAAGUGCUGGCCAUUGCAGAAAACAAUUGUACCAUGGGGGAAGACAGUGUGAUGUCUAUUUACGUCGCAUCCAUUUGUCCCUACUUCAGCGUUUUUGAUUAUUUCAUUGGAGUGUUGCAUAUUUGUGUUUAGGGUUUUGGAGAAGAUAGUGGCUAUGCAGGAAUAUUCAGUGCAUUAUCCGAAGGUGCUUGUUUGGAUGCUACAAGGAACUGUUGAACCUGACAUAAUGUUAGAAGUCGACUGCAGGUUGCGUCCAGGGGAACAAUAUUCUCCAAACAUAAAAGCACCGUCCUUUAGAGCAUAAUGCAGGCUUCUGCGGUGAUAAAUGUAGGGUGCCUAUGAUUCUUUUCAAAAUUCUAGUUGGGAGUGUGUUUCGGAGGGGGGGGGGAGAGGACCAUUUGAUUGACUGUGUACAGUACUACACACAUGCAUAGUAAAGGCAGACUUUUGCACCAGCUGAUAGAAUUCAAAUCCACAAUACCAAGUCGCUGCUCUUGCCCAGGCAUAGAUGUGUACACGCCUAUUAUUAUUAAAUGGCUAUUCUUGAGUGGACACUCUCCAGACUUCAUCAAUUCCGCCUGCUCAUUGCAAGGGACCGACAAUAAAGCUUUGCCAUUGUGUAGACUUUAUGAGGCUGCGGAAUAGAAAGGUAAGUCCAUUGUGUUACUCAUCAUAACUAAGGGAAGGCCAGACCUGCAUUAAGGCGAGAUUUAGACAUCUAUCUAUCUAUCUAUCUAUCUAUCUAUCUAUCUAUCUAUCUAUCUAUCAUCAAUCAUCUUCUGAGUUGGGUUGUCUCCUGGUAAUAUCUAAUAUAAUGGCGACUUUUCCUACAGCAGAUUACAGAAGUUUAAAGUGUGGUGGAUCCACCCAUUUUAAAGCAAAGCUUGGGAGCAUCUUAUCAUCUUGUGAACUAAGUCCACAGUGUUCCCUUUCGAGAAUCAUUCUCUGCACAACCGCUCCAACCCAUCUCUUGUCCCCAAACGGGAAGUGGCCGGAUAAACUAUUCUUACAGAGAUUUGAAGUAGAUUCAAGAAGAGGCGAGAAAACUUAAUUUCAAAAUAAGGGAAUUAAAAGGGCGCUGGGGGGGGAGAGUGAGAGAGAACAAAAAAGAAAAAGAAAAAGAAAAGAAAAAAAGAGCUGUAUCUGCACUCUAUCCAUCAUAUUUAAGUCCAUGUUCUUAAGUGGUUUGAUUUGAAGGAAUCUCCCAAACGAUAGUUAUCUAUCAUAGGGUUAGAAGUUAAAUUAUUGGAAUUGCUAGGCAAAGCUGUUACAUUUGGGGUGGGGUGGUGGUGGAAAUGAUUAUGGCUUAUAGUCAAUACACAACAAAGUCACAUCUUUAGAUGACAUGCAUUUACUAUAUAUAUAUAGUAAUCACUUCAUAAUUUCCAAAGGGAGACAAAAAAGAGACAGGGAAAAGGCCAUUUUUACGAGGCGAAGUAAUUUGAAAGAAGAUAACGCUCUUCACAAAGUGGCUGAUUCGGAAAUGAUCAUUACUUCAAUAUUACCGAAAUGAGUUUCACCCACCCGCCUGGAGUAAGAAAUAUCAUCCUAUUCUGCAUUUUUUUUUAUUAGCCAAUCAAAAUUCCUUCAAAUCUCCAUUUGUGAUUUGUGAAAAAUAGAAAUCCACGAAAAAGCUGCACUGGAGCAUAUUGCUCAUUUUCUCUUAAUUUAUUAUUCUAAUCACAGCAGCCGUUACAUGAUAAUGCAUCCAUUAAGCGGGCGGGGGUAUAUGUGUUGGAGGUGGGUGGGGUUUAGAAUACUUUUCCAUUCGAGACUUGGAAAUGUACACAAAUGAUAUUUCACACACGUCCCCAAAAGUUUGGAGGCCUAAGUUUUCAGGCAGAGGUUGAGAAUAACCUGAAUGAAUGAAAGAAAAAAGUUCCCAAGGUAAUGUCGGGGAAGUGAUUUUGCGCUCUCUCUCUCUCUCUCUCUUUCUCUCUGUGUGUGUGUGUCUCCCCCCCCUUCUUCUUCCUUUUAUCAUUCCCUCUCAAUUUCAAGUUACUAAUUUAGGGUCCCCUCCCUCCUAGGAAAAGUUCGGAGAGCUUCCCCUCCACCUCUGGCAACCCGAGGCGAGGUAAAAUCCGCAGAGCACCUAAAGCAAUUAAACGUGCCUCCAGUAUUGAGAGAGUCGGAAUGCGGAAUAAGAUACAAAAGGGAAGGAGGGAAGGAAAUGUAUCCAAUCUCUUUCUCUGCAACACCCGAAAACGUGCAGCACAGGUUAUGCUUUUGCUGCAAGAUGAAAUUUCCUGUUCUCUUUAUGGACCCUUUUCUCCCGAGAAAACGGGGAGCCCAUUGUCUCCAGAGCCACUGUUGUGACGGUUCCUUCCUCGUCGUAACUUUUAACUACCUGUUAUAAAAUUUAUUGGCGGUUUGUAAAGUGAAAAAAAGUAAUUUCCCUUCCGUCCGGUUGGAUUACAUCCUAUAAUGUGGGGUUUGGGGGCCCCCGCCGCCGCCCCAGACAGACACGCACUCGCACAUAGACUGGAAACGCGUCCCACACAACCCUUCCCCACGCCUGGAAAUUUUCGAAAUACAAAAAAGAGAGAAGCGAAAAGUUAGCUGCCAUGCGGAAUAAAAAUGUAUAUGUGGGUGCAAUCCGAUCCCAUUAAAAUCCAUUGGAAUGCAGGUAAACCCUGACAGAUAUUAGGAUAGGAGGUAGCUUUCGAAAUAUCUCUCCACCCCAAUUUCCAUUUCGCCCCAAGGUUAUGACUUAUUUCUAUGGGGCAGCAUGUUCAGACAGCAAUGCUAAUAUCUUUCAGAUCUAUCUAUCUAUCAUCUAUAUCUAUCUAUCUAGCUAGCUAGCUAGCUAUCCAUCCAAUCUUCUCUAUCAUGUAUCUAUGUAUAUUAUCGCUUAUUCUAUAGCCUACGUAUUAAGAAGGAAAAAUUACUCUUUGCGGUUUAUCAGAUUUCGCCCCAUAAUUAUUAUUUUUCUCUAACUAUAUGGCCCCAUAAUCUCAGUCUUGUAAUACUAAUAUUAAUGCGCGCCUGGGAGAGUGAAACUGAAAAAGGGCGUGGAACCCUGUGAUCAAAUAUUAAGAAAUUCUGUCGGUCCUUGGGUGGACAGAUGCGUUUAAUGUAUACCCUUAUUUUAGUUAGAGUCCGCUAAUUUUGAAAAGGUCACAGUUUCGGGAGCCUCUUUAUAGAUUUGAAGUGCACCAAGAAGACCAGUUGUCCCAUUAAAACCCCAAACGGGGGGAGGAAGGCUGUUUGUUGAUUUAUUUAUAGUUAAGGGAGAAAAACCCGAUCUAUCUUCCAGUUAAGACGAAGUCUUAGCCCCAAACCCUUGAGGUCCCACUGAAUGUGGAUUGGGGUUGGGGCCGGGGAGACUGAUUCAGAAGAUAUCUGGGUUCUAGAACAGUGAAAAGGUGGGUGUUAUGGAAAUUGCAAGUAUCAAAAAGGAGUCACCUUUUGCUUUCGGGAACAGGGUCCGUUAGGAGUUAAACACAGGUCUAGGGAAGGGACCGGGGUUGUAAAUAAACAUCUCUUCGAUACACACACCUACGUGUGUGUGAGGGAGACUGUGAGUGCGUGCGACACAUUUAUCGCCUUAAAAAAAAGUAUAUUCAGGUUGCAUUUCCCACCAGUGAACUGGCUUGAUUAAAGGUGCAAUCCGGGAAUUGGAAAAUCAGUGGUAGCGUGGCCGUAUGGGUUGCCCCUUGAAUAAGCAAAUAAGAGCCAGAAGCGAAACAAGAAGCAAAUUAGCAGCAAUAAUAGAAAGAGUAGCAUUGCCUGAUGAACGCCAGCGUUGUAGUCUUCCCCUGUCUCCGCCCCUUCUGCAUAUUAGCUGGUUCGUGUGUGUGUGUGUGUGUGUGUGUGGUUUUGUUUUGUUUUGUUUUUUAAAAAAGAAAUGAAUAAAUAGGCUUAAAACAAAGCUGUUACUCCUCCUUCGUCAGAUCUCUCCAAAUGAAUUCGGGUUUGAAUAUAUUUUAAUGUGUGUGUGUGUAUAUAUAUAUAUAUAUAUCUCCACACGCAGACAUAUAUAUACACACAUGUAAAUAUAUGGAAAGAGUAAUUCUAUAAACAUGGCGACAGAGAAGAGCAUUUGCACUCGUCACAAAAAUGCAACGCAUUCUUGGUUGUUUGCAGAAAAUUUACAGCUGAGCAAUAAAAGUUUACGACUGAAUCACAAGUUGGAUUGGCCACAGGAAGUCAUGUGGACUCCAUCCAUGAACGUGAACUUUUUAUUGUGGUUUCUCUUAUGACUCUUUCGCAGUAGUCCUUCCUUUAACAGUCCAAGCAGUGCCAGUGAAACGGGGGUACGAUGGUAUCUGUAUUUUUUCCUUUUAAUUAUUAUUAGUAUUUUUUUUCUGGUGGUGGUAGUGGAGGGGGUGGGGGAAGGAAUCUCGAAUUGUCUCUGUUCUUUCUCCUCCCUUUCCCCCCCCCUUUUCUUUCUCCCUUUCUUUCCUUUGGGGUUGGAAUUGUUAGUUGCUCUGGGCAUUUUAGGAAUAAUGAGUUUACUGCUGCGCUGGUUGCCUCCUCCCAUUCUCCACCCCUAGGGGCAAAACGCAACACAUUUCCUUGGGAGGAUGCAAUGACGAGGGGGACAAGGAGUUGUAAAUACCUUUAUUUUAUUUUUAAGGGGGAGGGAGGGGGAAGCGAUGCUAGCCCCGUCUUCUCUCCUGACCCCCAAGUUAUUAAAAAAAAAGACGACUAUUUUAUUUUUUUGGUUCAUUUUCUUUCUAUCCCUCCCCACCCCCACUCUUUUUUGUUUUGUUUUGUUUCUCCUUUUUAAUAUUUCUGUGGAGCUGAACACCGCGUCAGCGGAACAGAAAAGAGGCAGAAGAGAGAGAGAGGAAGGGGAGAGAGAGAGAAGGAAAGACACAGAGAGAGAGAGAGAGAGGAAGGGGAAAGAGAAUCUGCGACCCAGCUACCCCGAGCGCCAGUACAGCUGUGCCAGCCUCCAAGGUCCCGGCAACCCCCCAGCUCAUCAAAGGGGCCAUGGACCACCACCCGGAGGCCACCAUCUCCCCGAGAAACCACAGCAGCUCUGUGACCAAACGGCUCUCUCCAGCGCAGCCACCUCGCCAGCCCCAGCCCCUCCAGCCUGCAACCAGCAAAACCCCGAGCAUCCUAGCAGCACGGCCACUAAGCAACCCAUAGUCUACCCAUGGAUGAAAAAAAUCCACGUCAGUACUGUGAACCCCAAUUACAAUGGAGGCGAGCCCAAGCGAUCCAGGACUGCCUACACCAGACAGCAGGUCUUGGAAUUGGAAAAAGAGUUCCACUAUAAUAGAUACCUGACGAGGCGGAGGCGCAUCGAAAUCGCCCACUCCCUGUGUCUCUCGGAGAGACAGAUCAAGAUUUGGUUUCAGAACAGGCGGAUGAAAUGGAAAAAAGACCACAGGCUGCCCAAUACCAAAGUGAGAUCUACGGCUCCUACCAAUUCUUCCACCAGUUCCAUUCCUGCUUCUUCCAACGCGGUUGCUAGCGAAGAACAUUCGCAAAGCUCAUCUCAGGACCAACGAGCAGAGGAUAUUACAAGGUUAUAAACAAACAAACAAAAAAAAGCAAAAGCAAAACAAACAAACAAAUACCCCCAUUAAAAAAUGACUCUGAUUAUUUAUAGAAUCUAAUAUAUAUCUAUAUAUUUUGGUUCUUUUUUUCUCCUCGUAGUUUUUCCCGUGCUUAAAUAUAUUAAGAGAAAAAAAGAGAGAGGAAAAAAAACCCACACACACAAAAGAAUGAGGUCUUCCGCAAAGAUCUCAAGCUUUAGGUGCAUGUAUUAUUAGCAUGAGAGAUCAGGUGAAAUACCUGCUGGUUUUGUUUUGUUUUUUAAAACGCAAUUUUCAGGGUUUUAUUUAUUUUUUAAAAAGGGAAGGAGUGGAAGGAUGAGCUGUGUGUGUCUGUGUGUGUCUGUGUGUCUCUGUGCGUGAGUGUUGGGGUGGGGAACUCAAUGUUCUGUUUUAGAUGAAAAUUCGGGGCAUAUGCUAAUAAUUACACAGGCAAGGGAAGAAUGUAGUUAUUUUGCUCUGUGCGUUUACAAAUGGAGAACAAAAAAAAUGGACCAUUGAAGGCUUUUUUUCCUUCUUUUUUUUGGUAUAAAUGUAGGGGAAAGAUUUUUUUAAAAUUUAAAAAACAAGGGGAAAAAACAGCACAGGAGCUAAUACUAGCUGGUAAACUUACGGUUUAUUUCAAUGUGAAGAAGGACUCAAAGGAAGAAAGAGAGGAAGCGAGCCAGCGAGAAAGUUGGAAGGAAAAGUCAGUAGGUAGAUUUUUUCCCCCGUUUUGUCGUGGUUCUUUGUGUUUUUUGGACUGAUUUGACAUGAACAUUGUAAACUUGCAAUAAAAGAGUUUUAGUGUAUAUGUGAAAGUCCCCUUGUUCAAUAAAAACCAGUGAGUGUGACACAGAUUUGACUUUGGAAUGUCUGGUGAGUUAUUUUUCUUCUUUGCUUCCUACUAUAUAGGGAAAACGUGGGGGGGGGGCUGGCACUGAUUUCUUGAGCUGUGGAUACUUUCUCAGUUAAGUUUAAGAAGCUUGGGUUGGUUGGUUUUUUUGCUCUUUUAAAUACAAGGCUUCUAGCGCCGUUGUGCAUGUCACUGGAGUCAAUGGCAAACCUCCCAUUGAUUUUAGGGACUGUGGCUUGCACCCUCUGUACCCUGUGACAUCACAGCAUGUUUGACCUCAGAUUCUACUAGGAAGUCCUAGGCUUGGGAGGUGUAAAUGUGCAUUUUAGUAGAAGACCUGUCCAUAGAAAUCAGGCUGUGUGUUGCUGUUGUUUCUUUUUUAAAAAAUGCAUCUGUCCUUUCCUGUAUUUGAGUUCCUAUCCAUUUCUUUAAUAACAGUAAUAAUAAUUAAAAUACUGGAGCUUUCUUUACCCCUUCUUCUACUGCCUGUAUAGCUAACAAGCCCCUAUUCCUGUUCGUUGAAUAAAUGCUUAACAUUGUCACUGUUGUAGGUAUUUUAUAGAGAUGGAUAAUAGAGAAUUCAGGAUUUGUUUACAUCCCCGAGGGAACUAGAAAGGGUGGCUAGGAAGCCUGUAAUACAGAUGUGUUUGCACAGGGAGCACUUUUAGUAUGUAUGCUUAUAUGUGUGGAUAGGUAGAUAGACAGACAGACAGAUUAGCAAGUUCCUUUUACAACUCACAUAUUUUUUUACUGUCCUCGCCUCAAAGUGGCAAAGCAUGUGACUGAAUUGUGCUUUCCUUUAUACCUCUCUUAGAGGCUUGUUUAAUGCUGCUUGGUUGUAUUUCAUAAAUAUUCUAGCACCCCAAACUAGAAACCAGUUAGUCUGAAGUAUCAGGAUCUAGUCCAAUUCAUUUUCUGUUGAUUUCAAUGAAAUUUUGGGCGCCUUUAAGAGUCUAUUUACACAGAACUAAGUUGUGGGUUGAACUGUUUGGCAUUCCAGCUCCCUCUUUAUGGGGUAUCAGUAAACAGCCAGGCAACUAUAUUCUGGAGGUGGAAGCAGAAGUUCUGAAAAGUGGCAGGGGGUGGGGGGUUUGAAGGGGAGUUGUUUCUGUCACUUUAUCUUGCCCCCUCCCUCAAUUAUAAGACAUCUAUUCAGCAGAUCUUGUCAGCACCCAUGGUAGAAGGAAGAGGCAGGGAGGUAUGAAGUGAUUGACAAGAUACAGAUUAUGGGAGCGAUCUACAUCUCAUUCAAGUUAAUGCAGAACUUUUAUUGAUUUUAGGGGGGGCAGAAUUACACAUAGUGGCUGUAAUCCAGAUCAGUUUAGAAACUAAUGGUCAAAGAGUCUUGGGUAUCAACCAAUCAGGAUGACUUCUUCUCUGCCUGUUAGUAGUAUUACUUUGAAGAAACUCAGUCUCCUUUUGCAUAGUAUGAAAUAAAUCCAUUCAUUAACGUAAUAGCUAGUCAUAAACCUUUAACAGUGUUUUCACAAUUCCAGUUUCUCAAAGCAAGCGAGGGGAAUGUUGAGUGUGUAUGUUAGCAAUUGCUUUGAAUGUUUCCUUAUCACUCUUGGGCCUGCUUGUUCACCCUACUAAAUAAGGUCAAGUGAGGGGGGGGGAAGGAAUCUCACUCCGGCUGCUGCAGUCCAGGGCACACUUAUUUUAGAGAAUACCUUUACUGGACGUAGUGGGAUUUACUUCUGAGUAAGCAUGCAUAAGAUAGGGCUGCAAGUUAAAUCUCUCAGGUGUCUGUCUGCUUGUUUAUCUGCCCUUCUGUUACACAGACUUAGUCUCCCUAUUCUAUUGCUAGGGUAAGAUAAAAGAAAACAGCAACCAGUCUUUCCUCCCAAUGGUUUUUACACACCCACACAAACACAAGCACUCUGUGCAUAUAAAUGGUAAAGAGAACAAAGGGAGGGGGGAAUCCUAACCUUGGAAUAAUGGUGCUGCCAACUGAAUGGCCAUAUGUUGCAAAGCUGAUCUUCAAACUCUGACACACUUGCGGGUCCUCCUUCACCAUGAUAUGACCAAUCGUAAAGGCAGAGUAGCCUGUGCAUGCUGGAUCGGGGCUUUGGUGGUGCCCUGCCAAGCUCACAUUGACUAGGGAGAGACACGAAGUGACUGAAGACAAAAGGCAUUACUGAAAACAACCGCAGUUAACCUUUGAAACAAGCCUCGCCAAGAGAGUUUUGUAAAUAAAGAGGAGAUAAGAAAAGGGCGAUUAGGCUACUAGAAUGUUAGAUUAAAGGUUUCUUAGCCUGCCAGAGCCAAAAAUUACACUAGUGAAGAGGGCAUUGAUACCAUGUUCUCCCAAACCAUGGGCAAGGCAAAUAUCCCCCCCCACUCUUUUCAGUGCCCUCCGGUGUUUCUUACUUAGGUGGGGAUGCCGUUACCGACCUACCCGACCCACAGAGCGUUCCCUGGCUUCCAUUUGUCCCUCCGCCCGCGGCCUAUUUCCCAAUGCUAAAGGUUGUCGUGCCCCAAAGAAACUAGGCUAGAGCUCUAAAAACUAGUUUUUUCCUCUUCCAUAUAACAAUAACGCAGCAUUUAGAUUCCAUAACGUAGCAUAAUGUUUGGGCUUUAAGAUGCAUCGCCACAAAGAAUUAUUUCAACAGUUUUUGUGAGUAUGUGUACACACACACACACACACACACACACACGUGAAAUUUACAUUGGCUUCUACUGGUAGUGACUUGGUAAAUUAUGUGUGGGUGUGUAGCUAUGCUAAACUUUUUUUUUAAGUUUCACACCCCCACACCCUGCCUGCAGAACUUGAUAAAUUAUAACCAAGUGUGUGUGUGAGAGAAUCAGGAUGAAUAUGAUAGGACUUUGUGUUGCGUGCAUUCUCUGUGUCUGCCUAGGAAAAGGAGGCAUCAAUCACAUUUGCAACUGUAUAGUUUGCAUAUUCAAUUAAAAAUACCAGCACCCCCUCAGUAACUUCACAUUUAAAUAUAUGACCAUAUAUUCCUUUCCACCGUUCUCUACCCGCCCCCAACUUUAUUUUAUUUAUUUUCCUCCUGGAGUUCUCUUCAGUGUUUACUUUCUGCAAUCUUGUCCCCCUCCUGUUUUUUGGGGUUUUGUUUUGUUUGUUUGUUUGUUUCUUGUUUAAUAAUUCUGAUUCUUCAGCAUCUGAUUUGGCCUUUAGACUUGGCCAUGACACAAUUCUUCCAGGGUAGGGAGAUUAUGAAUGAAUUAUAAAGGCAGGCAGCAGGGGCAAAAGAAACGGGGGGGGGGGGAGGUGAUGAGAUACAGCCUGCCCCACCGUCUCUCUUCACCCAUUUUGCUCUUUCUCUCCCCACUCUUUUUUAAAAAGCUUUUUGACGCCUCCAUGUUGAGAGCCUGAAAGCUACUUUAUUGAAGUUCGGGUAAAGGGGGGUGGUGGAAAGUGGGUUCACCCAGAGGACAACUUUUCUACGCCAGCAGUUUUAUUCUAGCCACUCAGGCUGACCUCCGAGCCCCCAGUGACCCGAGUUAAGUCUCCCAACGUGUACCUUCUCUGCGCCCUACACACAUUUAAAGGCAUCGCCACUGUUUGGACUUCUUGUGGUUUUUUUGUUUUUUUAAAAAAUUACCAUAGUAAUAGAAGGCCGGGUGGGUG